AUGGCAGCUUUCCUGGGAUCGUCCGUCGCCCUCCUCCCCCACCCUCUCCGGAGGAUCAAGAUCGCCAACUCUCAGGCACCCCGCACGCCGCCGCCGCCGCCGCCGCCGGAAGAACCGUCGCGAGCUACUCCGGUGGUGGCGACGCCAUCCUCCCCCUCUGUCACCGAGCCCAAGCAGAGGCCCCGAGCUGCGGCGGAAUCCACAGACUGGAUAGCCUCCUCUCUGAGCAGGAGGUUCGGCCUCGGCGCCGGCCUCGCCUGGGCCGGCUUCCUCGCCGUCGGCGUCGUCUCCGAACAGAUCAAGACCCGCCUCGAAGCCUCCCAGCAGGAAGCCGACACCAGGUACCCUCUUCUUCCCCCCUUCCUCCUCCCUCUAUCAUCCUCUCCUCCUCGUCUGAAACUCCUCUGCAGGGAGAUUGAGAAGGAGGUGGAGGUCCUGCUGCCCAACGGCAUCAAGUACUACGAGAUGAGGGUCGGCGGCGGCGCCACCCCCGUGCCGGGGGAUCUGGUGGUGGUGGACCUGAAGGGGAGCGUGGAGGGCAGUGGGGAGGUCUUCGUGGACACGUUCGGCGAUGGGGGGAAGCCGUUGGCGCUGGUGCUGGGUUCCAGGCCCUACACCAGAGGGAUGUGCGAGGGUUUGGAGCUUGCCCUGCGGAGGAUGAAGGCCGGGGGGAAGGCGAGGGUGGUCAUCCCCGCCAAUUUAGGGUUUCGGGAUGAAGGCGCCGACUUGGGCUCCGGCGUGCUGGUUCCCCCUUCCUCCACCUUGGACUUCAUCGUUCAGCUCGACAAGGUCUCCAUUGCCCCCGCUUGA